GCUUCUCCCCUAUGGACAUCUCUGUCACCUUCUCAUUCUUCUCUCUAUCACAACAGCUUCUAGAUUCAUAGCGCUAAGCCGAUUCCGCACUCAGUCCUACACUUACAAUCCUCUAUCUCCUUCAUUAAAAAGAAUUGGAAGAAGUUAAGGCACAGUCAGAAGAAUCGUGCAUCUCCAUCUCUGAUAAAAAAUUGCAGGAGAGGGCUGAGUCAAACAGCCUUCACCUACGGUUAAAACCCCGGCUAUGGGUUCUGACGAGUGACGAGAAAGACCACUAGCUGCAGGUAUUCCACUUCCUCAUCUUCAUUUUAUUCUUCGAUUUUACAUAUUUACUCAAGUAUAUGUUAGAUUUUGUAGUUGAAGAAAACGAAUUGGUGUGGAUGAGCAAUGCUCACUGUGUGUUCAACGAAAUGAUUCAAAAAAAUUUAGAGCCCAGGUAACAUUUCAUUUCUUACUACGUACUGGUCUGAUUGUGUUAUUUCAGACUUCAAAUGCCAUCUGAAGAGAUAGGGAAUCUCAAAGCUUAGACAAGCUCUCACAAGUUCAAGGGAGAACCAAACAACAAUUGAAGGUAUUAUGCUUCUAAGAUGACAAUCACUCAACUCUAGAUUCAUUAAUUUGUGUUGGGAUCCUAUUUAUAAGCUUGAAAUAUGAGAUUAGUAAUUAGUGACUGGAAUGGUUUUCUUUGAGUUUGAUUUUUUUUUUGAAUUGUUAUAGUAUACUUGAAUGUCAAUAGAGCAUUUUCUUUCUAAUAAGAGCUUAAGCUUUUUGCCACUGAAGAAUACUUCACCUAUUGUUUGUCCAUAUGUCAUUUAUGAGGAUGAACACUUGAUAAUCUAGAAACAAAAGAGAAAAGUGGAGUUGUGGAGUUGAGAUGGGAAGACUACAAGAUGGAAUUGUAGGUCACCUCCUACCUAAAUUUGUGGUUAUUGGAAACAGAUGAAGUGGGGUGAAAAAAAGUGAUAAGUUAGCAGCACAUAAUAUCAAAAUGGAGGAGGCACACAAAAUAUUUGUCAUAAUGCCCCAUGAACUUCUCCAAAGGUGUAGAAAUGAGCUUCUUACUUUGUGGGGAAGCAAAGAAAAAAAGUGGGAAAGCUGCCAGAUUCGUAAAAUUCAAAGUAAGAAUUUGAGGAAUUUGUUAGACUAUGAAUAGAACUACCCAAUUAUGUUAGUUUAAUUGUUGCUGGGCCUUAAUGAUUGGUUAUUAUCAAUUGGAUUUGUUUAAUUUACUUUUUAUUACUCUAUUCAUAUAGGUUAAGCUUUGAUUUUGUAAUUUGGAUCAAAUAACUUAGCAUUAUUUCUCUACCACGAAGAGAAUUGGUUGGUUGGAUGAAAUGGGUAAUAUGUGUAAUAUAUAUGUAUAAUAUUUGGAUGUGCAUGCAGACAACCUCAAAACGGGUAGCAGACAGGAAAAUAGCAAAGUUUGAGAAGAACAUAACGAGGAGAGGGUUAAAUCCUUCGUCGGCCAGGGAAAAGUUUGAGCCAACUCGCAUCAUCAUCGUCCUCUUCGCCGUCCUCGUUAUUGCCUCUUUUAUUUUCCAAGUGGUGAGGCUGGCGCUCAAUGCUAACUCGUAAUGGAAAGCUAUGUGACCUCUUAGAAGAAU